GACGCGACGCAGCCCAUAUAUCGUCAACUCGACGCGCAUGAGUUUUCACAAUCUGUGUGCGACGUAUACCCGUCUCAUUCACUUGCGACAAUCGAUAUACGCAAACGUCAUCCACGAAAUCCACGAAGUCAUAUUUUCUCGGUGUACAUAGAUUUUCCCUCGCGCUUUACGGUGGAAGCCUAUCAAUUCUAUAAAUCCCAUUAACCUCUAAUUUUCACGUAGUCCUACGGCAUCUUCGCCCCUUCCCGCUCCAGAUUCCACCUUCUUCAAUCCUCUCCACUCCAUAUCGCAUUUUUCUCUUUCCUCAAGAAUAGUGGAUCGCCUCCUUACCCUAGCGACUCUCAGUUUUCUCUCAUCGCGGGUUUUGACCCAUUCCUGUUCAAACAUAUGGCCUGAUAUAUAGGAACAUGGCAAUGCGCUAGUCAUGGGAAAUCAACCCAGUACGGAAGCGAAGGCUGAGCCGGAUGGCGAAGAAGGAAGCUUCGGUCCUUCGCCUUUCGGAUCUCGCAACUCGUCGCCGCGCCCUUCUCCCGAUAUUGUCUUCUCGAGUCAAGUUCAUGCUACACCGAUGAACCGCCAUAUUAAACCCGAUCAAUAUUUGACAGCUCAUCGAAGUCGCAUCUCUGCGCUUAAUAAUGACAUACUUCACACAUCUCCCGAGAUACCUGAGAUUAAACGCGAAAUUCCUGAAUCGCCCGAAUAUAAGAAACAGUUCGAGACUUCAACACUAGGUUAUAGAUCCAGUUUCAAACCCGAGAAAAAUUCUAGUGAUUCGCCCUACCCACCAUCGUCAACAUUUGCUCGCCUGGAUCCCAACGCGACGUAUACUACGAGAAACGAUAUGGAUGAGCUCCCCUACUUAAAUGAACCGCCAUCAUCUAGCACCAAGGCACAAAAACGACGCAAAAGGAAGGAAAGACGUCGGAAAUUAAAACAACAACUCGCCUCUCCUGAUCUAGGCAAUAACCAGGAAGAACCAAAUUUGUCUGCACAUUCUGAUAAUGGCGCAAUCGUAGACUCUACUCCUUCUAAGAGUCGAUCGUCUAAGAGACGAAACUCUGCAACCCCGGGUAGUCAAUCUAGAAAGAAGAAGAAGCAAAAAUAUAAUCAAGAUAAGGAUAACUUGGAAAAUGAUACAAUUCCAUUUAGUAGCCUCGCUGAAAGCCUUUACGCUGAUCGCAUGAAGAAUGGAACGCUCGAGGCAGAUGAAAAUGAUCUCCAAGACGACAAUGCCCAGGAGCUGCCGUCAAAUGAAUCCGACCAAGAGCCCCCCUUAUCUCAUCAGUCGAUUUCCGCCUCAAAUAUGGAUGUCGAUCCUGACGCAGAACCUUCCGUGCAUUCAGACCCAGUUUCAGCUAGUGAGAUAAAAGCAAGCAUUGUUGAAGAUGGCUCCCUGUCCCAUAGUGGAAGCCAGCCUAACGGCUUUGAAAAAAUUUCUGAUAACAACGAUAUUUCAUCGGAAGUUGCUCAGUCGGAUGAUCAAGAUCGCAUGGCUAUUGAUAGGGAUGACUUGAGUAUCGACGAGCUCGAGGAAAAUAAAGAAGAUAAUGGAGAGGAGAUGGAAGAGAACAAAGCAGAGGAUGAAGUAGAGGAUGAAGAGGAGGAUGAAGAGGAAGACAAAGAAGAAAUUAUUGAAGAGAACAAUGAAGAGGACGGUGAAGAAGACAAUGGCGACAAUAGCGAAGCAUCCAAUGAUGGCGAACAGGACGAAAAUGUUCCCGUUCGCGUUGACUUUAGUCCCAAAUCCUCGUUAGCAGGUGCCAAUGCCACGGAUAAUAACGAGUACCGCCCGGAUGACGAAGAUCCUAGUAAUGAGGAUCCAGAUGAUGAGGAGUUACCGGAAAGCCCACAGAUGGAUGAUCUUCGACCUAAGCAAAAUUCAGCGCGAAAGCGUGUCGUCAAACCUACGUUCUACGAACGCCUAGCAGACGAAAGUUCCAAUAGCACGCCAGCCCAUGCUUUGUCUUCUCCCGUUGCUGGACCCUCGACGUCGACUGGAAAAAAGCAGGCUAAGAUUUCGACCAUGCUCAAAGGCAAAACUGAAGAUAGCCCAAAGCCGAAGACACCGAAGACGCCUUCCCAAAAGCGUGGCGCCCCUUCAAAGACGCCUAAAUUGGGGCCUCGCGGAUUACUUACCGGCGCAUUUAGCGACGUCGAACUACGCGACAUCGCUAAAGCCGUCGAACGUUGGAGGGACGAUCAUGAUUUAACUCAAACCCAGGUCAAUACGCUUAUUCAAGGAAACCCUAAAGAAGUUCGCUCUCAUGAGUUCUGGGCUUCUAUCGUCGCUUCAUGCCCGAACCGUCCUCGUCAAAAGCUAAUAAAUCAAUGUCGUCGCAAAUUCCACAAUUUCGUAGCUCGGGGAACCUGGACGGAAGAGCAACAAGAGGAACUCAAGAGGGUGUGGGAAGAACAUGGCAACAAAUACGCUCUUAUCGGCAAAAUAAUCAAUCGGCAUCCAGAAGAUGUAAGAGACCGCGUACGCAACUAUGCCGUGUGUGGCGAUAAUCGUCGCUCGCAUCCGUGGACUCUAGAGGAAGAAGAGAAGCUCCAAGCCAUCAUUGCUGAUGCCCUCCGGGUGAUUCGUGAACAUCGCAAAGAAGGGAGAAUCAACUUGCAGGAAGCAGAUGAGGAGUUAAUUGAUUGGCAACGAGUUAGUGAGCUGAUGGAUAGAACUCGCAGUCGUCUUCAAUGCAUACAGAAGUGGAAAAUUAUGAAUCGACAUGGGGUCGAGCGUGGUAGUAUCGACGGUGAGGAGGUUAUGUCGAUAGAAGAAGUCAUCCAGAAGGCCCGGGACGAGGUGAAUGCGAUGUCAAACCGCGAAAGAUUUGGCAUCAUCAAGGCCGUUGAUGCUUCUGAUGCAAAGGCGGAUAGCCGAAUUCCUUGGGCUAAGGUCAGAUCAACCUAUCUAGAGGAGCGGUGGACGCGCCCUACUAUCAUGUUGGCUUGGUAUCGCCUGAGACAUUCCGUUCCUGACUGGAGUAUCAUGUCUAUCCCGGAAAUCGUUAUUCAGCUAAGCAAAACGUAUCGCGAUACGCGUAAACUCGAGUUCCCCAGUGGCCGUGGUUAUGAUAUGGAUACGGAAUAUAAUGACAUGGAGCGCAAGGUUCAAAAAAUGCUGAAGGUUCACCGUACCCCGAAGACCCCGAACAUCGUUGUUAAGACCGACGAUGAAGACAGUGGAGAUGAGGGAAGUAGUGAAGAGGAUGAAGUGAACGAAGACAAGAUGGAGGAUAUUCAGAGCGACGAAGACGAAGAAGUUAAUCAAGAGGAGAGCGGUACCAGUAAGAACGAACAACACUACGAGGAGGAAAGCGAAGUCGAUGAGGCUUCUAACGACGAUGAGUCCAAGGAUAAAGAAGUAUCUACGAAAGAUGGAGAAGACGAAGAAUCAAAUGCCAGCGUCGAUCUUGGUAAUAAUGCGGAAGAUAAGGGUGUGGAUCGCGAAUCCUCAGUUGAUGCACCUUCCAUCUCGAAAUUUACACCACGAAGAGUUCGACGGCGCCAAAAGCGCUACAGUUCAUCAGCUAAGAGUACGAGAACCCAGAAUCUAUCUCAGCAGCGCCCUAGAUCAACUCGUAAGAUCAUCGAAGAGUCUAGCCAGGAGGAUCAAGAUGCGAACAACGACGAAGAACUUAGUAGUGACACAAACGCAAGCUCGGUGGAAAGCAUCCCAGCACGCUUAUAAAUGCAAUUAUGAAUGCACAACCCCUCUCGGAUGCGUCAUUCAGAUA